CUCGUUUAAUUGGAUAUAAAGAUGGGUGUGUACGUGUGUCAUAUUAUUUACACACAGAAAGUUUUGUUUGAGAGAUACAAAGAACGUUUUAUAGCGAGGGUCGGUAAACAGCUACCACCAGUAGUUUUAUAAAGAGAUAUUCCACAAAAGGUUUGUUGUUGCUAGGCAACCAUGUCUAAUUCUAAUCGCACUAGUCCAGAGGAACGAGAACGAAUCGUUGCAAAGUACGAUAUGGGUCGGGAGGAGGGUGCUGUGAUAGAGGACUGGGAGGACCCUGACCUCUCACUCUACACCACCACUGACAGAUAUGGCUUCAUGCAUAACACACCACUGUCAGGUGUUGAGCUCCCUGAGAAGUUGGUUCAGUUAGAGAGAGAGAGAGCAAUCAAGUGGGCCACCAUGGUCAGUCAGUGGGACAGAUACAACCACUCAUCAACACUGCACAGAAGGGUCAACAAAGGGAUCCCUAACUCAGUGCGUGGGUCAGUGUGGAGACAUGUGCUCGAUAUUGAGAACCUACGACAAGACAGUAUCUAUGAGGCUAUGAAGGAGUUGGGCAGACGCACAUCACCUGACGUACGACAGAUUGAUCUGGACGUGUUGAGAACGUUCAGGAACCACAUUAUGUACAGGGAACGGUAUGGGAUCAAGCAGCAGGCCUUGUUCCAUGUGCUGGUGGGCUACUCCAUGUACAAUCCUAGCCUGGGCUAUUGUCAGGGGAUGAGCAGUAUUGCAGCCGUGCUACUCAUGUAUCUCAAUGAGGAGGAUGCAUUCUGGGCUCUCGUGGCUUUAAUAGGGAACAAGAAGUACGCUAUGCAUGGUCUACUGAUACCAGGGCUGCCCAAACUGUUGGCCUAUUGUGACUAUCAUGCUGACAUGAGGAAGAGGCUGUUGCCCAAACUAGACAGGCAUCUGAACAAGUAUCAUGUGAAUGCCUCAGAGUACAGUGCUGCUUGGUUUGUGAAGCUCUAUCUAGACGCUCUUCCGUUCCAGUUGGUCCUGCGUAUAUGGGAUGCCCUAUUCUUCCAGGGAGAGAGUGUCCUUGCUGCCAUGUCCCUAGUGGUGCUCAAGAUGAACACUAGGCAGUUUCUUCCCGAGAGAGAGGAUGGUAUUCGUAUCUCUCUCCAGGAGCUAUCUCGUCAGUCCUUCAACGAAGAUGAGGUUAUCGCUGAGCUACAGAGUGUGACUGCCGACCUCAGCAAGUCUCGACAAGCCAUCCCACAAGUGGUGGAGCUGGUGGAACUGUCAGAGCUCAACAGACAAGCGUUGGAGAGAGCUGCUUUGAACUCUGCCUCUAGUGGAACUCAUGAUAGCUUAGUGGUGACUGGAGCUAGUCCUGAUUCUAGUGCAGAAUCGUGGGUGUGAGCCCACCCCCUCAAUCUUGUCUGUUUCUAUGGUUACACUGAUUGUUUGUAUGUCACCACACCAACUGUAUACAAGUGUGCUUCACUGUUACUGUAUGUUGUCUUGUGUAUAUAAUGUAUAUCAGAAACAAUAUUCAAUCAA